AUGUCCUACCUGUCGUCGGUCGAUGGCUCGCUACCCCAAAACGUAAGUGCCCAGAAGACCGAGUCCGCUGCGUGCGAACGCCCACUGAUCAUUGGUUUUGUGCAUCAGAUGGCCGGGGUGGGGUCCGCAUCCGACCACCUGCUGGACCCAAGCGCCAACCUCAUGUCUGAUUUGCACGAUCAGAUUAAUAUGCUGCCCAUGGACCUCGAUCUGAACGACCCUAACCUCGAUGUCUCGCUGAGCAACGUUCCCUUUGCCGACCCCGGCGCCUUUGGCAACAACCUCAGCUCCAUGUCCUUCGCCCACCAGUCCCAUCACCACCAUGACGACGGCCAGUCCCAGUCCAACAUGUCGGGCAUCGGUGCCGGCCCCCUGCCCACUGGCUUCGGCAUGGGUCCUCCUUCCAACGGCGGCAACACCCUGACUGAGUUCACCAAGCGCAGAAACUGGUCGCAGCGCGUGAUCGAAGAGCUCAGAGAUUUUCUACAUAUACUCACCCCCGAUGGUCGCAUUCUCUACGUCUCGCCCUCGGCCAAAACCCUGACUGGCUACGAACCACGAUACCUGGUCGGCAAGUUCAUCGGCGAAUUCGUGCACCCCGAGGACAGCGGCAUCUUCAUGCGCGAGUUCAACGAGUCCAUAGCAUCGGGCAAUCCUUUGCGCUUCUUCUACCGCUUCAAAAGAGAGGACGGCACAUAUAUCAUAUUCGAAUGCGACGGGCACCCACACAUCUCGUCCGACCAAGGAGCAUACGGCCAUAUGAGUGGCUCGGGUCAGGGCGCCAUGAGCGCGUCGGGCCUUUGCCGAGGCUUCUUCAUGAUGGCUCGUCCAUAUCCAACCAAGAACGCAGCCUUGCUCGACUCUUUCCUAGAGCACAAAAUUGAGAAUGAGCGCUUGAAGAAAAGAAUCGAAGAGUUGAAACGGGAGGAAGUUGAGGAGAAUCAAGUCCAAGAAAGACAAUGGCAAGAACAAUCCAGGCGAGAUCCGUCUGAACCUGGCCGUGUCGACGGCUCGACUGAGAACAGCAAAACACCAAACUACCAAGGCAUGCCGCCACCCGCCAAGCCCCCAAUAUCAAACACUGCUCUUACACGUCAAAAUCUGGACAGCGCGCUGUCGGCCCAACAACCCGACAGCAUAGCGGACAAGAUGUCCCGCUAUGAGGGCUCAAAUCAUCUCGAGACGAUUGAGAUGCUCACCGGAUUGCGUUACCGUGACGGUGAGCGCAGUCAUGGUAUUUCCACUGGAGACACAUCACCUGCGCUCAUCAGAGGCGAUGCCGGUAUCGCAAUUCUGCUUGAUAGGGACCGUGAUGGGACCAAGGAGAAGAAAAAGAAGCUCAAAGUCGCCGAAGAAUAUGUCUGCGCAGACUGCGGAACUCUGGACAGUCCUGAGUGGCGCAAAGGGCCCAAGGGUCCCAAGACACUAUGCAAUGCGUGCGGCUUGCGAUGGGCCAAGAAGGAGAAGAAGAAGGCAGUUGGUGACAGCGGCACAAAUUCGAAUGCUGGUAUGACUCCUGGAGGAGGUGUACCGUCGUUACUGCACAAGGACAGUAGCGGAAGCAAUUGA